AUGUCGCACGAUCCUCGCGAUGAGGACGCCUAUAUUGGUGCCGAUGAGGGCGAGGAGGUUUUCCAGAACGACGAGGACCAGCCUAUGGAGUCCGACGGUGAAGAAGAUGACCAGCCCAUGACCUACGACGAGCAGAUCACUUUCCAAAACGACUCGGCCGCACACUUCGACUCACACUCUGAUUCUGUCUUCUGCGUCGCACAGCACCCAGUGCACAAUAACAUUGUCAUCACCGGAGCUGGUGACGACACAGCCUACAUCUUCGAUUCUACACCCGCUCAGCGACCUCUUCUCCCCCAGAGCUACGAAUCAAACCCGCAGCCGCGCGAGCGCGAGUCAUUGAAGCCCCUUGGCAAACUGGAUGGACACAGUGACACAGUCAAUGCAGUAGCUUUCACCGAGCCCGCAGGUGAAUAUGUGGUGACCGCUGGUCUGGACGGCAAGCUGCGCGCCUGGCGCGAUUCCACACCCGAUAAGACGGGAUUUGCAUGGGACUUUGUCGCAGAGGUGCAAGAAGUGGAGGAGAUUAAUUGGAUUGCUGUUUGCCCCUACCAGCAAGGCAGCGAGGAGAAGCGCAACGUUGUUGCUUUGGGUGCCAACGAUGGCAGUGCCUGGGUUUUCCGCAUCGAUCACACCGAUUCUCAACCCAUCUCUAUCAUCCAGACAUUCUUCCAGCACACCGAGUCGUGCACCGCGGGUGCAUGGACACCAGAUGGAAACCUUCUGGCGACUGUUUCCGAGGACGGAAGCUUCUAUGUCUAUGAUGUGUUUGGAGCUGCUGCCGCCGCGGGUAUCUCUGGAUCUCCCGGUACUAACGCUGUCAUUGGUUUAACUGCGGAGGAUCAGCGUUUCGCAGUCGAUGGUGGCUUGUACACUAUUGCCAUUUCUCCUGGUGGUGGUAUUGCGGCUGUUGGUGGUGCUGAGGGCCAUAUUCGGGUUAUCGGCCUUCCCCGACUUGCAGGCGCUGGCCCAGCCGCAAAGGGCAAGGGCCCAGGAGCUCAGGCAAGCAGUGCUUCCACUUCAGGUACCAUCGUUGCUGCCUUGCAGGCUCAGUCGGAUGGUGUUGAGACCUUAUCAUUCUCUCAGCCUCCGCUGACAAUUCUGGCUGCGGGUUCCGUCGAUGGCAGCAUUGCACUCUUCGAUGUCGCUCACCGGUUUGCGGUCCGUCGCCACAUCAAAGAGGCUCACGAAGGCAAUGCCGUUGUCAAGGUUGAAUUUUUGCAAAGCCGUGGGCCUGUUGCCCGUGGACCUGGGAAUGCUCCCGGCCAGGGCCGACCAUGGCUGCUUACCUCUGUUGGAUUAGAUGGUGUUGUUCGUCGGUGGGACGCACGUGGUGGUACCACCGCGGCAGCACAAGGCCAACUUCAAGAGUGGAAGGGACACAUGGCUGCGGUCGAAAACGAAGACGGUGAACAGGCUGGUGGUAUUAUGGGCUUCGUUCAAGGAUUUGAUGGCAAGCGGAUUGUCACUGCAGGCGAUGACGGCAUCUCGCUGGUCUUCGAGGAACAGUAG